AUGGAUGCUGCUACUAAACAAGAAGUACUUGAGAGACACAAUAAAAAUACUGUAUUUGUAAGAAUGAAACUGUAGAUUUGUGUAUUGAAGAGUUUUAACUGAAAAAUAAAGGAAGGCCCAUAUUGUAUUUGUUGUAUAUGUAACAGAACACUCUAGAAGAAAUCUGUCUUAAAACUCAAUAGAACUAGUUACCCUUCUCAGGACAUUUUUAAUAUACUAUUGUCAUUUGAUGGAAAAGAGCGUAUCUGUAAGGCUUGUCACUCUAAAGUCAAUCAAGGCAGUCUUCCAUGUCAAGCAAGAGUAAACAACUUAUAUGUAGAUAACAUCCCAACAAACUAG